CUAGACCACAUCCAUCUUGGGGAAUCCCUUCUCUCUCUUUCCACGGCUCAGCUGCUGUGACUACACAGAGGCUCCCUGUCUGUAGCAGGACAAAACAUAAGCCUGGACAUCUGGUGGUCAGGCUGCCAACGCUCUCCACGGAGGAAGCCUUUGUGCCGGGUGGCAGUGCCCGUCUCUACCAGCACCAGCCAUGAACUACGUGGGACAGCUGGCCGAGACGGUGGUUGGGACUGUGAAGGAGCUGUACCGGGGUCUCAACCCCGCCACACUGAGCGGAGGUAUCGACGUACUGGUGGUAAAGCAGGCGGAUGGCUCCUUUAGGUGCUCACCUUUCCACGUGCGCUUCGGCAAGCUGGGCGUCCUGAGGUCGAGAGAGAAGGUGGUGGACAUCGAGAUCAACGGGGAGCCUGUGGACUUACACAUGAAGCUGGGGGACAGUGGGGAGGCCUUCUUUGUCCAGGAGCUAGAGAGCGACGAGGAGGAUGUGCCUGCUCGCCUCUGUACCUCACCCAUCCCCUGGGGGGGACUGUCUGGUGGCCCCUCGGACUCUCAGCUGGGCACAGCCAGCGAGCCCGAGGGUCUCGUCAUCACAGGGCGGAGGAAGAGGCGACGCAGGAGGAAGCCCAAGCGCAAGGAGGGCACAGUCACCACCGAUUCCAGUUCUGAGGAGCUGGAGGCGGUCCCAGAGAGUGAGCCCUCCUCACAGGAAAAGCCGAAGCCCGAGUCCCCAAGUGUCCAGGUGGAAGGGACAGCCUCACCACAGCCCAAAGACAUCUACCCUUACUCGGAUGGCGAGUGGCCCCUCCAGCCCAGCCUCUCAUCAGAUGGGUUCAUGUCCCCUAAGAGUGACUCAGAGCUGGAGCUGAGGACCCCUGAGGCCAGUCCCCUGAGAGCGGAGUCCCACAUGCAGUGGGCCUGGGGGAGGCUCCCUAAGGUGGCCAAAGCAGAGCGGCCAGAAUCCUUGAUGGUUCCUGACAGUGGCGGCGGCGGGGUAACUUCUCCUCUUCCAGGGAGACCCAGCACCUCUUCCUCUGUGGCUGUGGACCCUUCGGAACCCCCAAUCCUGCAGACACAGUCUAGUGCUAACCAGCUUCGGCCUGAUGUGGAAUCCCACUGGAAGGAGGCUUUAGGGGGUCCCCCUCUCCCUAUCCUAGUGAGCGAAGAAGCCAGCACUCAGAGCUCCGGAGGUACUGCCCUCUCUCCUGCCACCAAAUCAUGGAGUUGGGCUACACUGGAGGGCCCCACUCCCUCUGGGAAGCCAGAGGCCCCCAAGGGGAAAGGCUCCAUGAAGAGAAGCCAGCACCUGGGCCCCAGUGACAUCUACCUGGAUGAUUUGCCCUCCUUGGACUCUGAAAAUGCAGCCCUUUACUUCCCCCAGAGUGAUUAUGGGCUGGGGACUAGGAGGUGGAGUGAACCCACCAACCAAAAACUCCUGGGGAACCCCAACCCUGAACACAUGCCAGAAUCUCUCCAAGACUCCGUGGACAUGAUAGCACUGUCCCUCUGUGGUGGCCUAGCUGACAACAGGGACAUCUCUCUGGAGAAGUUCAACCAGCACACCGUCUCCUAUCAGGACCUCACCAAAAACCCUGGGCUCCUGGAUGACCCAAAUCUGGUGGUGAAAAUCAAUGAGAAGUACUACAACUGGGCUGUGGCUGCCCCCAUGAUCCUCUCCUUGCAAGCCUUCCAGAAGAACUUGCCCAAGAGCACCGUGGACAAGCUGGAGAAAGAGAAGAUGCCCCGGAAGGGUGGGCGGUGGUGGUUUUCCUGGCGUCGCAGGGACUUCCCAGCGGAGGAGCGCAGUGUCCAGAGGGAGAAAGCCACAGCCAGAGAGCGGCAGGGAGAGAAGACUGAAGCUCUGAGCAGCGAUGAUGAAGCCCCAGACAGCCCUGUGAUCCUUGAGGUCCCCGCCCUGCCAUCCUCCACUCCAGCCUUCAUUCCUACCUACAAGAAGUCCCUCCGCCUCUCUUCUGAUCAGAUUCGGUGCCUGAACCUGCAGGAAGGUGCCAAUGACGUGGUCUUUAGCGUGACCACCCAGUACCAGGGCACCUGCCGCUGCAAAGCCACCAUCUACCUGUGGAAAUGGGACGACAAGGUGGUCAUCUCUGACAUUGAUGGCACCAUCACCAAGUCAGAUGCACUGGGCCACAUUCUGCCCCAGCUGGGGAAAGACUGGACACACCAGGGUAUCACUAGUCUCUACCAUAAAAUCCACCUAAAUGGGUACAAGUUCCUGUACUGUUCAGCAAGAGCCAUUGGCAUGGCCGACCUCACCAAGGGGUACCUGCAGUGGGUGAGCGAGGGCGGCUGCGGCCUCCCCAAGGGCCCCAUCCUGCUGUCUCCCAGCAGCCUCUUCUCUGCCCUCCACAGGGAGGUAAUUGAGAAGAAGCCAGAGGUGUUCAAAGUUGCCUGUUUGAGUGACAUCCAGGAGCUGUUUCUGCCCCAUGGAAAACCCUUCUAUGCUGCAUUUGGGAACAGGCCCAAUGAUGUCUUUGCCUACCAGCAGGUGGGACUACCCAAGUCCCGCAUCUUCACAGUCAACCCUCGGGGAGAACUCAGCCAGGAACUCAUAAAGAACCACAAAUCCACGUACGAGCGGCUUGGCGAGGUGGUUGAGCUCCUCUUCCCACCUUUGGUUCGUGGUCCCAGCAUAGACCUGGCCAACCCUGAGUUCAGCAACUUCUGCUACUGGCGGGAGCCACUGCCUGCUGUCGACUUCGAUGCCUUGGCCUGAGCCUGACCCGUCUGCUCCUCCCUGGACUGGGCCAGGACAGAUUGGGAAUCUGGGAGGAUUAGGGGGUUGGAAACCAGGCCCCAGGGACCUCUUCCUCCUCUCUAAGCCACGGGCCUCCACAUUCCUCUUACCUGUAGCAAUCAAAGGUCUGUCACCUAGGCCCUUACAGUGCUCUCUCUGCACCCUGGAGCCCUCUCUCUAUUCCUGUUAGAGUGAAGAGAGAGGCCCACCGAGGCCUGGAGGAAGAG